AUCACAUUUGGAUAUAUCUCUCUCUACUUUCAUUUCUCGUUUCAUAAUAUUAGGAAACUUUGUUCAUCUUUUAGAAGAAGUGGUUACGGAAACAGAAGGAAGAAGAUGAAGUAUGUGGUUGUCUCAGGAGGAGUAGUGAGUGGACUUGGAAAAGGAGUCACGGCAAGUAGUAUCGGACUCAUCCUCAAAUCCUGUGGCUUCCGAGUCACCGCCAUUAAAAUCGAUCCUUACUUAAACAUUGAUGCUGGGACCAUGUCACCUAUUGAACAUGGUGAAGUUUACGUCUUGGACGAUGGUGGUGAGGUUGAUCUUGAUCUUGGGAACUAUGAGAGGUUCAUGGAUAUUAAGCUGACCAGUGAAAACAACAUAACUACCGGAAAAGUUUAUAAGCAUGUGCUUGAGAAAGAGAGGAGAGGAGAUUAUCUUGGCAAGACUGUUCAGGUUGUUCCUCAUAUUACUGAUGCUAUUCAAGAAUGGAUUGAGCGUGCUGCUAGAAUUCCUGUGGAUGGACAGUCAGGUCCAGCUGAUGUUUGUGUCAUUGAACUUGGAGGAACCAUAGGAGAUAUAGAGUCCAUGCCUUUUAUUGAAGCUCUUGGGCAGUUCUCAUAUCGCGUAGGCACUGACAAUUUUUGCUUGAUCCAUGUCAGUCUUGUGCCUGUAUUGAAUGUUGUUGGUGAACAGAAGACUAAACCAACACAACAUAGCGUUCGAGACUUAAGAGGCCUUGGCUUGAGCCCUAAUAUCUUGGCUUGCCGAAGCACAAAGCCACUUGAAGAUAAUGUGAAGGCCAAACUCUCUCAGUUUUGCCAUGUCCCGAUGGAAAACGUUGUUACUCUCUACGAUUGUCCCAACAUUUGGCACAUUCCAUUGCUUCUCAAAGAACAAAAGGCACACGAGGCGAUUUUGCGUGUCUUGAACCUUAAAGGAGUUGCAAAGGAGCCUGCAUUAGAGGAAUGGUCUUUGAUGGCUAAAAUGACAGACAAGUUGCAUGUUCCGGUAAGAAUUGCUGUGGUUGGGAAAUACACUGAGCUUUUGGAUUCUUAUCUGUCGAUUCACAAGGCUCUCUUGCACGCUUCUGUGGCAAGGGGCAAGAAACUUGUCAUAGAUUGGAUUUCAGCUAGUGAUCUUGAGCAAGAAUCCAGGAUGCAUAUAAGGCCUGCGUGGAAGUUACUCAAGGGUGCUGAUGGUAUUCUUGUGCCGGGAGGUUUUGGCAAUAGAGGUGUAGAAGGAAAGAUGCUGGCAGCGAAAUAUGCCAGAGAAAACAGAGUUCCAUACCUCGGUAUCUGUCUAGGGAUGCAACUCGCUGUGAUCGAGUUUGCCAGAACUGUACUCGGUUUGCCAGAUGCAAACAGCACUGAACUUGAUCCCAACACCAAAAACCCAUGUGUUAUUUUCAUGCCUGAGGGCUCAAAAACGCAUAUGGGAGGCACUAUGAGGUUAGGCUCAAGAAGAACCUACUUUCAGUCUAAAGACUCCAAAUCAGCAAAACUAUAUGGGAACAGAGGUUUUGUAGAUGAAAGACACCGACACAGAUAUGAGGUAAAUCCAGACAUGGUUCCACGUUUCGAGAGCUCUGGACUCACAUUCACAGGAAAAGACGAGACGGGUCAGCGAAUGGAGAUCUUUGAACUGCCUAAUCAUCCGUUUUACAUUGGAGCUCAGUUCCAUCCCGAGUACAAAUCAAGACCCGGAAAACCAUCUCCUCUGUUUCUAGGACUAAUUGGAGCAGCUAGUGGAGAACUAGACACUGUACUGCAACAAAGCUGCCAAGAAACCGUCGUUCCACGUUCUCUACCCAAUGGAAAACUUGAGAGAGUUUACUGGAAAGGUAGCAGCGAAAAAGCCAGUCAGUGUUGUGUACAGUUUAUGUUUGCUAAAAAGCUUGAAGAUAAGAUUUUGAAGAUGAGUUCUACUGUUUGGUGGGAAGGAGCUGAGAAGACACGAGUUCUCAUAGCCCCAGAUUCAGGUUGUGGCGGAAACAAACCUGGAGAACUGUUAACACUCCGCCAUCCAAAAUCAGAAAAUGGAACAUGCUUCCUUUUUAAUAAUGAGAUGAUUCAAGAACUUCAGUGGUUUAAGCAAUCAUAUGGUUCUUGGUUCUUGGGAGAUUACAUUUCUGAAGAUGGAAGCUUAUAUAUGGCCACUCCCGUUGAUCCUGUUUUCAUCUUGUUGCCUAUUUUCGACGAAGCAAGAAUGAAGAAAGGUGAAGAUUCUGGAAAGUUCAGGCAACUGGAUGAGAUUUUAUUUGUGGAAGGAUAUCCUGGAUAUCAACAUCUGUUGUCACUUGCAGAGAAGUGUAUGGAAAUCGUUUGUCAAACUCAAGAGGUUGGAUCUAUGAAGUUCUAUCGGCUUGAUAACUCGAAAGUCUUAGCUUGGUUAAGUUGUAAGGUGUACUGUUUAAAGAAGUCUCUACCGGAAUUGGACAAAAACUAUGCAGCUCAAGAUGAGAAACAAACAUUGAUAGAUGCCGUUUCAAUUGUGGGAGAGUACCUGAAGACCGAGCCUUGGUUGAAGCUUCUAUAUGAUCAUCUUGGACUCAAAUUUGUUGACCCGACAAUGAAAGAAACCAAUAUGGAGAAUCUUCCAACUGCAAAUGAGAAUAACAUGGCAUCCUCAAAUUCAAUACAGGAGAAAGCGAUUAAGAAGCCAGGAAAAUUAGGAAAACAGACCAAGCAAGCAAAGGUAGAGACCGGAUCAAAGAACAUAAGGGAUAUGUUUUCAAGGGCUUGUAAGAAAAAAUGCUGAAUGUUCAAAAUCGGUUAAAACUUGUAGCCAUCUAUUUAUGAUUAUUCUAUUCAGCUAUCAGAUGAUCUUCGCUUAGCUAGCUACAUCUAGAUCUAGAACAAAGACCAACUCAUAAAUGUGAUUAUUCUAU